GCGCUAAGGGAUUUGUGCGCGGAAGAAAAUUCGACCAGCAGAGUCUCCUCCUCACGCGACCCCGGACUCUUCCUCUUCCUCUUCCUCUUCCUCUUCCUCUUCUCUUAUCUGAUAUAGCUACUGGUCGUCUGCCAGCUCUUGUUCAGUCUGCGAUCACCAGCAGUUUAUUCCGCGUUCUUAACGACCUCUCCAUCACCCAGCCCGUCUCAGGUCCCGUCGGAGGCAAACUCAUCCAUCCAGCCGACACUUCCCUCCCCCAGAACUUCCUUCCUUCUCUUUCCGCACCGUUCGCCCUUCCGACCCUCAUAUAUGUCUGCUCCUCGUGUCUGAAUCCUUCUUCCUCGUCACCGCACAAAUGUCUUUUCAGUUCAAUUGGCCAUUUUCUACGGAAGACAACUUCUACCCGAAGGUCACCUCCCUGUUGACAGACGCCCUGAACAAAGGCGCAAAACCCCCCAUCAUCGUCGAUGAUAUCAUAGUGAAGGACUUGAACUUCGGCACAAAGCCCCCCGAGCUUGAGAUCCUCGAAAUAGGAGACCUAGCCGAUGACCGGUUUCGCGGUGUCUUCAAGUUGACUUACAACGGCAACGCUUUCAUGACCCUACAGACUCUUAUUGAGGCAAACCCUCUCAACAUCUACUCCCAUCUCACUCCGUCAUUUACCAACCCCAAAUUCCUCGCUGCCAACUCAUCGCUCAAGAUCCCUCUCACAAUCACCCUUUCCGACAUCAAGCUAUCUGGCAUCGUCAUCCUCGUCUUCUCCAAGGCCAAAGGCGCCACCCUGGUUUUCCGCAACGACCCUCUCGAAUCAAUAAAAACAUCAUCCACUUUCGACUCCAUCCCCGCCAUCGCUCGCCUCAUCCAGUCACAGAUCGAAAACCAGCUCCGGCUUCUCUUCCGCGAGGAGCUACCCGCUAUUAUUCACAAGCUGAGCCAGCGCUGGACACCGAAUGGAAACGCAGCCGUUGCCACAAACGCAAAGUCCAGUGCAGAGAAAGAUGCAAAGAACGGAGGGUCGCCUUCGUCACCGCGGGUGAAGCCUGUGACUCUCGCCGAAGUCAACCCUGACUUGCCUAUGCUGAGUCCUACAAACAUGGUCCAGCUCAACUUGCUCGGUCAGGCACAGCAGACCUUGAGCCUUCACACCCCUGCUAUUUCGGAUGCCAUCUGUCGCUCGAUGGUCGAGCGCCACAAUACCGAAGAGGAUAAGGACGAUGACGAUUUGUCAAGUAUCAUUAUGCGAUCACGACGCAACAUCAAGAGCGGCAAAGUCAGACGCCAUCGCAAGGUCAUCAACCUUCGCAAAGCCGAACCGGAAAAGGAAGUUGCUGCUCCUUCAUACUCUGAGGAUGUCAAAGCCGAUGUGGCAGCUUACCACCGCAACCUGAUUCAGAAACAGACGAUGAAAUCCUAAAUCGCAUGCAUUUCUUUUCUAGUUAUGAAGCCUUUCUUUUUCUUCACUUUCAUGGAUGGAGCGGUUACGCACUGGAUGCUCGCCGACAGACUUUGACGAUGUUUGAGUUAUAAAAGUAUUACGUCGUUUUUCGUUAAAUCCGCACCUCUAUCCUCCUCUAUGCUUUAGUUGUUUGCUCUACGAAUUCAUGCUUGGUUUGGGAUUUCAUUGGGAGUUUACUGA